AUGGCUUCACCUUCCAUUAUCCCAAUCAUUACUCGCCAGCUCACAACCACUUCUAGCUUCCUGACUUCACCGAUCGUUGAGAUUAUCGUUGGACAAGGUGACGAUGAGACUGUUAUGACAGCUCAUCAGUCCCUCCUGAUGGAGUCGCCACUACUAGCCGAGUUGGUUGACAAAUUUGAAGCGUCGGGCCCGCGACGCAUCACCCUGCCAGAAGAGAACGUCGAUGCCUUCAGUUGCUUCCUUCAGUUCCAGUAUACGCGUGAUUACACUGUGGUUCAAACAGAAACACCCGGGGAAACAGCUGAAGACAAAAGUGGUGACGAGUUGCUGCGCCAUGCGCGCAUCUACACCCUGGCAGAGAAGCUGGGCCUGCCAACGCUCCAGCGUAUUGCCCAUGGCAAGAUUCAUAAGGUCAAGAGCUCACCUAACGCGGAGCUUUCAUAUGCCCGUUAUGUAUACACUCAUACACCAACGGCAGACACUACGAUUCGGAAGCCUGUGGCGACUUACUGGGCGAACCAAGCCCACGUAUUACGCCAGGAGGUUGGGGAUGAAUUUAAGAAGCUGUGCAUUGAAGUCUCGGAGUUUUCCUUUGAUGUUUUGAAUAUCAUUCUGGAUCGUAAGUUGAAGAACGGAUCGGUGGAUGAGGUCAAAGGAAGUGCGCGCAAGCGUAGAAGAGACAUCUAG